AUGUGGGAUAAUAGGUUGAAGCCUAAGAACAAAUCAGCGGUGGGAGAGAAAAAUGGGGGGUAUCCUGGUGGCAGAAAUCCAUUGGUGGUGUUACCCCGUAUGAUCAACGAAGGUCUAGAACCGAGCAAGCAAAGUUUAGAUAAAAGACCUGUUCUAGGUCCUAUUACACGGCCAAGUCGAGUUAUUGCGAUAGAAGGUAUUGAUGGGGCUGGAUUGGGUGGUGUGGUUGGAUUGGGCAAGGAGAUUGGUCUGAGUGCUGAAAUUGGGUUGGGCAGUGGUUUGGGGUUGGGUCGGCAAUGGGUAGUGUGUCUGGGCUGUAAGAAGGAUAAUCGGUGUGUGCGCUGUAUCUGCAUGAGUGGAAUGGGUGGCAGUACUGGUGGAAUGGGUAGUGCUGGGGAGUUAGGUGUGAGUGUAGGAGAAGAUUUUGUGGAUGCGGCUAAGAAUGGACUGGGUGAAGGUGGGAGUGAAGAUAGUGAGGGGGAGGGAAUAGUAGGAAGUGCGGGUGAAUGGGGAGUUGGCGAGCGUAUGGAGUUGUGCCGGUUUUGUGACCAGAACAAAAACUGGGUCUUGGAAACGGUGCAACGUGGGUACUUGGUGCGGUUUGCCGGUUUGGCCGAUGCUAUUGGGUUUUAUAUGGCCCAUCGGUCGGUACUAAGACUGGCCUGGGCACGUGGGAUGAGUAGUUUAGGGUUUAUGGGGCAAGUGAACGAGAGUGAGGUAGGGGUGAGUCCAAAGUUGCAGAUCUUACAGAAAGCCUUCUCGGUGUACGGACCUGGAUGUAAAGCAGCACCACUUAUGGACGAGUCCUUUCCGGCUGACAGUCCAAUAAGCGAGAAAACAGGCGUGCUGUACACUGAGACAGAACGGACCAAUGGCUUUGUUUAUCAGGCCAGUGGGCGACACUCGAAUAUUACGCUGCAGGCUAAACUGCGCGGUCUUUCACAGAGCCAGUUGUUAGCAACGAUUCAGAAAGUGCCAUCACCAACCUUUUACUUUUUGUCAAAGCACAAGUAUGGAACUUAUGUCAUUCAGUUGGUGAUUGCGAUGGCUGAGGACGAGAGUUUAGUGUUGGAGAUAAAGAAGCUUUUGUUUCCGCACGCCUCAGCUUUACUACAGCACAGCAUUGGGAAUUAUGUAGUUCAGAAGAUGCUAGUUUUUGAUGUUCGAUUUGUGUUAGAUUGUUUUUUAUCUGAUUUUGAAAUGAUUUUGAAAAGUAAGAUAGGCGCACGGGCAUUUAAAAACUGUGUCAAGAGUUUUAUUCCUUACAAAAAAGAGAUCUUGCCUCAGCUGUUGCUUAUCAUUUCUGGGAAUAUUCUCUUGGAAGAGCAGAAGAUCCUUAAAGCUGUGUAUAGAGAGCUUUAUGGAAGCUUUAAAUAG